GCUUGGCGAGAUUGACCACCAAGAUGGCUGACGUUAUGGAUGAAUAUGAGAAAGAAGCUGGCUGUGUUCCUAUUCUCCAUCCAGAGGAACUCAAGCCCCAGAGUCAUUAUAACCAUGGCUACAGUGAGAAUGUGGGGCGCAAGAGCCACGUGGAUGACUACAGUACCUGGGACAUCGUCAAAGCCACGCAGUAUGGGAUCUUUGAGCGCUGCAGAGAGCUGGUGGAGGCAGGCUAUGAUGUUCAGCAGCCGGACAAAGAGAACGUCACACUCCUGCACUGGGCUGCCAUCAACAAUCGAAUAGACUUGGUCAAGUACUACAUAUCAAAGGGGGCGAUGGUGGACCAGUUGGGAGGUGACCUCAACUCCACACCACUGCAUUGGGCCACAAGACAGGGCCACCUCUCCAUGGUGGUGCAGCUGCUGAAGUAUGGGUCCGACCCCUCGCUCAUCGACGGAGAGGGCUGCAGCUGUGUCCACCUGGCUGCCCAGUUCGGACACACCUCCAUCGUGGCCUACCUCAUCGCCAAGGGACAGGAUGUGGACAUGAUGGAUCAGAAUGGAAUGACUCCCUUGAUGUGGGCAGCUUACAGGACACACAGCGUGGACCCCACCCGGCUACUGCUGACCUUCAACGUGUCGGUCAACCUGGGUGACAAGUACCACAAAAACACGGCUCUGCACUGGGCCGUGCUGGCCGGCAACACUACAGUCAUCACCCUGCUGCUGGACUCCAACUCCAAUGUGGACGCACAGAACAUCAAGGGUGAGACGCCGCUGGACCUGGCCAAGCAGAGGAAAAACGUGUGGAUGGUCAACCAUUUACAGGAGGCUCGGCAGGCCAAGGGUUACGACAGUCCUGGCUACCUGAAGAAGCUGAAGAUGGACAAGGAGUUCAGACAGAAGAUCAUGUUGGGGACCCCCUUCCUGGUGAUCUGGCUGGUGGGCUUCAUCGCUGACCUGGACAUCGACUCCUGGCUCCUCAAGGGCCUCAUGUACUGUGGCGUGUGGGUCACUGUGCAGUUCCUCUCCAAGUCUUUCUUUGACCACUCCAUGCACAGCGCCCUGCCCCUGGGAAUCUACCUGGCAACCAAGUUCUGGAUGUACGUGACCUGGUUCUACUGGUUCUGGAUUGAUCUCCCGUUUGCCACCGUCCACCUGCCUUUCCUCCUGAACAGUGUCUGUCUGUUCUACAACUUCGGCAAGUCCUGGAAAUCAGACCCCGGGAUCAUCAAAGCCUCAGAGGAGCAGAAGAAAAAGACUAUUGUUGAACUGGCGGAGACGGGCAGCCUGGAUCUCAGCAUAUUCUGCAGUACUUGUUUGAUACGGAAGCCCAUCCGGUCCAAACACUGUGCUGUGUGCAACCGCUGUAUCGCCAAGUUCGACCACCACUGCCCUUGGGUGGGCAACUGUGUCGGAAGUGGGAAUCACCGCUACUUCAUGGGAUACCUGUUCUUCCUGCUCUGCAUGAUCAGCUGGAUGAUCUACGGCUGUAUCUGCUACUGGAGGAUCCACUGCGCCACCAACUACACCAAGGAUGGGUUCUGGCUGUACCUGACGCAGAUCGCCUCCUGCUCCCCCUGGAUGUUCUGGAUGUUCCUCAACAGUGUGUUCCACUUCAUGUGGGUGGCUGUGCUGAUCAUGUGCCAGCUCUACCAGAUUGCUGGUCUGGGAAUCACCACAAACGAGAGGAUGAACGCCAGGAGAUACAAGCACUUUAAAGUAACGGCCACUUCCAUCGAGAGCCCCUUCAAUCAUGGUUGUGUACGGAACCUCAUAGACUUCUUUGAGAUUCGCUGCUGUGGCCUGAUCCGGCCCAAGGCGAUAGACUGGACCACACAGUACACAAUCGAGUACGACCAGACGUCCGGGUCGGGCUACCAGCUGGUGUAGACGAGAAGAGAGGAGAGGUGGCGCGACGGUGUCUAGAGGAGGAGGAGGGGGUUCCCCAGGGUUCAGUAUCGGAGCCAGGCUGUUCUCUGGAGCACUCCCCUCAGACCUCCUUCCUCACCCAUUCAGAGUGAGAAAACCAGCCAGGAACUAGCAUGCUGUUACGGGACACCACCAUAAGACCAACACCUACUACUAGUCUAUAUGAAACCACCUCCAUUACUGUACCCACCACCACCUCCAAGCCCCUCCUGGGGGGGCCUUCUCCUCUGCUGGUCCCCCCUCGUCUCUCCUGCCCAUGGACGGUGCACCGCUGCCAGACGCGGCAGGGAGAGAGGCAGAGGGAGGAGGAGAAAAGAGAAUAUAAAAAAAACUAAAAUAAGGAAUCUUUUUGUUUGCUGUACUCGAGUCAUUAUGCUGCGGUGAAGGCGGUACGGUUGACGGCAGUAUCAUUUUUUUCCCUUUUGGUUUAUUUUCCCAUUUUAUUUUCUUCUGUCUUUCAGUUUUUUAUUGUUGCUCAAAACUCUAUUGUUCCUUUUUAGAACUGUUGUGGCUUGGGAGACUGAGGAAGGAAGGCCUUUCAAGGAAGAAGUUGGUUCUUAAGCAGGAUUUGAUAAGGGCUGGUUACUAUGGCAUAAUUACGUACCGUCGUUCAAGUCUUUGCAAGUUACCCUAAGGAUUGCUUAGAAUUGCCAAAGUUGUUAAACUUGUCAGUACGUCAUAAAAUGGCAUUUGCAAUCGUUGGGGGGGGGGGGGGG